UGGAGCGGUCACCUGCCGCUGCUGCUGGUGGGGCUGUAGACACGACCUACAGCAGCGGCCCAAGUACCCUGCAAAAACAGAUCGCACUCUACCUGUCCGGGGGCAGCGCAGCGACACGGCAAGACACAUCUUUUGGGAGAGUGGUGCUGAUGUGAUGCCGGUGGAACAAGCAGUGGUGCACUGAGCCUCCCAUGGCUGUUAGCACCAUGGGCACUGAGUCAGGCCGGACAACUCAGCCACAGGCCGCCCUGACAAAAGGAGGUCACUCCCUGCUGCCUGCUGGGUCUCUGAGCGCCAGGUUGGGUUCUGAAGGGAAGCAUUAUGUCUGCGGUUCCAUUGCAGCUUUUACCAAUAUCGUGGUGACCUUCCCCAUCCAGAAGGUGCUCUUUCGCCAGCAGCUGCACGGUGUGUUGGCCAGGGAGGCGGUGCGGCAGCUCCAGAGGGAUGGGCUGAGGAAUCUUUACAGGGGCUUACUGCCCCCGCUGCUCCAGAAGAGCACCACAGUGGCCAUCAUGUUUGGCCUGUAUGAGGACUUCUCUAGAGUCUUACUGGAGCGGGCCGACGGCUGCGGUAUGCCGGAGCUGGUCACACGCAGCUUUGCUGCAGCAUUAGCAGGAACUGCGGAGGCCUUCCUGACACCAUUUGAGCGCGUGCAGACUCUCCUACAAGACCAUCGGCACCACGGGCGCUUCAACAACACAGCCCACAUCUUCCGGACACUUCUGACUGAGUAUGGUGUCAGAGAGUGCUACCGUGGCUUAGUGCCCAUACUCCUCCGUAAUGGCCCUAGCAAUGUGCUCUUCUUCGGGCUCCGCGGGCCCAUUAAAGAGCAGCUCCCAGAGGCCACUAGCCAGGCAGGUCACUUGGUUAAUGAUUUUGUGUGCGGAGGUGUGUUGGGCGCUGCCCUUGGCAUCAUGUUCUAUCCAUUAAAUGUGGUAAAGUCUCGGGCUCAGUCUCAGGUGGGUGGAGCCUUCCAGCCUUGCAGGGAGGUGCUGCUAACAGUGUGGAGAGAAAGAGGUGGCAGCCUGGCUAUGCUCUUCCGAGGAGCUCAUCUCAACUACCACCGCUCACUCCUCUCUUGGGGGAUCAUCAAUGCUACCUACGAGCUGCUGCUGAAGCUCAUAUGAGAGGGAGAAUGGAGGUGAUAAAAUCUAGAGUGAAAGAGAAAGUAUUUAAAGGGAAAAACCUGUAUGGAGUGAAAGAGCCAGUUUUUGAGAGGAGAAGAAAAUCGUAAUGUAACGCUGAUGCACUUGCUGUCUAGCACUGUUUGCAGGAUGUUUCCAGAGAGACAGCAGUGAAGAUGCACUUAUGACAGGGGCCAACAGUCUGUGUGAGAUAAAAACCACCUGCCAUUGUGACUAUUUGCAGUUGUCAAAGUAUUAAAACAGGACACACACUUCAGCCUAUACAAAACUUGUGCCAGGGUCCAAUUGAAAUGCCCUCGUUUGCUCUGUGUACAAAACUUUAGGGAGCAAACUGAACUCCAGCAUUUUUUUCUUUUUUUUUUCAGUUUCAAGCAAAGGUUACUGGAGUGGAUUAACUGUUUUGUAGGAGAAGCUGUGUUAUAUGUGCUGUGUGCUGUGGUGCUUUUGUAGACAAUAUCCAUCUGUUUGUUUGACCAUGAGCACUUGCUCUAUGAAGCUGUUUUCUGCCACUUAACUGAAACACUGUUGUGCAUUUGCCUAUUGAAAUAUCCAAAAACUAUUGUCAAGAAAAGUGGAUUAAACUGAAUGUUGGUCAUUUUAUUUCUCUUUUAUUUUCCAUCUUCACCCGUUCAGCCUACAUUAAUGAGAUCAAAUGGCUAAUACUCAAGCAGUUGUUGAAGUGGGUAUCAGUGCUGUACAGGCUACUUUAUACAACUUCUCUUUUCACACAUCUAUGCCAAUCAAAACAAAUACUGAAAUGUUCUGUCAAACACGGUUUGUCUUGAUUUAUUUUCUGAAGUGCUACUGGCAGGGUGUAUGUGUUGUUGAGUUUUGACAAGUGCCCAUUGAUGUGUAUGUCAGUAAAACAUUCAGCUACACCCAGAUCUUGUCUGUUUUUAUGAUUUAUUGGGAGUGAGAUAAAUAUUUAAUCUAGCCCUUUACUGUAACAAAUAACCCCACAGAAAAGGUUUGCACUAGUGACUAUUUUUAACUCAUUGUAGCAGCUUCAAAAAUAGACAUAUAAUAUCAAUUUGACUAUGCACUAUUGCUGCAUUUGUUCAUUUUUCAACUGCUGUUCAUUUAUUGACUAUAAAACAAAGUGCUCCUCAAUGUUUGUUUCCUUUUGUUGUUUUUUUUUAAACCUAAAUGCCACUUGUACGAUAAAUGUAUUUCUGCUCACUCUUAUGUCUCCUCUCACGCUUGCUCUCCUCUCUGUCUGUAACAUCUGUUGACAUAAUGGGCUCAGAUUUCAAGCUCGAGUAGAUGCAGCCAGUCACCGUGCAGCAGCUCUUGCUGGGUUCGACAGCCCGAAGAGGAAAGGCAUGCUGCCUGGACACACAUAGAGACACUGAGCAGUAACAGUGCUGGGAGAAGACAGGGGCAGAGGGUAAUGUUCAGUGGUACAAAAAGCUCAAGCUGCCACGUAAAUGGAUCAGUUGGCCUAUUUCUUCAAUUCUUUUCAUUUUGACUGUUCAUAGUGUAUUCUGAGAUCUUUCCAGGGUGUCCUCUUUGAAAGUAUGACUUUGUAUUCUGUAAGGAUUUGAAAGCGGGGCGCCUUCGCUGAUUUUGAGUGAUGUUGUUUAUAAUUACCACGUUCCCUGGAGCACAAGUCACCAAAUCAGUACAAAAUGUCAAAUUAUUGCAACCAAAUGAGAUGUUGAAAAGCAAUCCAUUAAAAAUGUUGCCAGUGA